AUGACGAGUGCGGGAGAGAAGAGUCUGUCCCUGGCAGAGGUGGCGGGCUUCUCGAGCCUGUUCUGUGUGGUGGGCGUGGUAGGACUGGUGGGUAACGGCUUGGUCAUCUACAUCGUGCUCAGUGACAAGAAGAUGCGAUCCUCUGUCACCAACCUGUUUAUUAUCAAUCUGGCGCUGUCUGAUAGUGUCAUUAUGCUGUUCGGUAUCCCGGAAAUCGUCCAGUUUAUGCUGGACCGCGGCUGGCUGCUGGGUGCCGGACUGUGUAAGCUCGACCGCUUUGUGCUUGUUACCUCUCUCUAUGGCUCAGUCCUAACUCUUGUCGCAGUGUGUAUAGAACGGUAUAUAGCCAUCGUGUACCCCAUCAAAGCCCACAUACUAUGCACAAAACGUCGGGUUCUCCAAAGUAUCGUGUUGAUAUGGAUUUUAGCCGGUCUCUGUGGCUUGCCAACAGCUGUAUACAUCCAGAUCAACACUCACCAGAAGCAGAACGCCGUCGUCUUCUGUACAAUCAUCUUCCCUGACGACCAUAUACGUUACUUUCUCGUAUUCAAAUACCUGGAGCUCCUGUUUUUCUAUCUUUUCCCGAUGGUGAUUCAGAUAUCGUGUUACGUGGUGAUUGGGCGGCGACUUUUUGUCGGCGUUGAGAAGCUUCACGGAAACAAACUGCUAAAGCGGGACGAAGGCGAGGUAGAGGAGAAGAGUUCGCGGGCUAUUCGGGCCCGGAAGGGGGUUGUCAAGAUGCUCAUCGCUUGCGUCCUCGUCUACUUUCUCAGCUACUCACCCCUGCAGGUCAUGCUACUCUACAAUACGUUUGCCCCUGCUCCAUUCCACGAGACAUGGAGCUUUCUGGUAUUCGUCACCACACUGGCUUACAUCAACUCGGCAGCAAAUCCCAUCAUUUAUUGCGUAUUCAGUGAGAACUUCCGGCGGAAGUUCAGCCGACUGAUCGGCUUGCGCAGAUCGGAGGAGGCCACACGACACGCCAUGCUUUCCGCACAGUUCUCCACAGAAUAUAUUUCCAUGUCCAAAGUCAGCAAGUUCAGGUCCCCUCGGUCGUCCCCUAAGGCAUUUAACCCCACGGAAAGCAGUCGAACGUACACCAUGACACAGCCUCAAGUGGACAUUGAUUCAACCGGAUGUAGCCAGUGA